AUUUUGAGGAACUCCAAAAUCCAAAUUAAGCUUCCUUGUAGUCCUUGCCACUUAAUUGCCUGCAUCAAUCAUCAUGGAGAUCAAAACUGCUAAUCCAUUAUUUUCUGUCACACCCAUGAAAGGAAGAAAAGCUCCACCAAGUCAAUACACAUUCAAAAUAAUCUCCUUCUCAUGGCUUUCCAAGGCCUCAGUACAAAAAUUUUCCUCGGAAGAGUUUGAAGCAGGAGGUCACAAAUGGAGCCUGUCGAUUUAUCCAAAUGGGAACUCAAAAGGAGGUGGGGAAGGCCAUGUUUCUAUUUAUUUGGUGCUCAUGGACCCAAGUUUGUUACCUGUUGAUUGGGAGGUCAACGCCAUCGUAAAUUUUUCUGCAUAUAAUUUUAUGAAUGAUGAGUAUGUAACAACACAAGAUGCAGAUGUAAGGCGUUUUCAUGUCCUGAAAACUGAGUGGGGUAUCCCAAAUUUCAUUGACAUUGACACAUUUAACGACCCUUCAAAUGGAUAUUUGAUGAACGAUACCUGUGUGUUUGGAGCUGAGGUUUUCGUUGUCAAGACCACGAACAAAGGCGAUUGUUUAUCAAUGAUUCAUGGACCUGCCACUUUUUCCUACACUUGGAAAUUCAACAACUUUUCCAUCGCAAAAUUAGACAAGUACGAAUCUGAACCGUUUGCUGGUGGAAACUAUAAAUGGAAGCUCCUUUUAUACCCUGAUGGAGUCGUUGAGGGAAAGGGCAACAGUAUAUCCUUAUUUUUAGUUUUGGAAGUCUCAACACUUCCCCCUAACACUAAAUUGAUUGCGGAUUGCAUUGUACGUGCAAAAGAUCAAAUCAGUGGGCAACAUGCUCAACAAAAAUUUUGUCGUAAGUUCUCGAACUCGAAAUCGACGUGGGGUUCAAGACAGCUUGUGGCCUUGGCUAAACUGAAAGACCCAGACAAAGGGUUUUUGGUGGACGACACUUGCAUCCUUGAAGCUGAAUUUACAGUUCUUGGCCUAGUUACACCCCGAAUUGAUUGA